AUGAUGUUUUUGAGCUUAAUUUCAUUAGGAAAAGCAAAAUGUGAUAUCAAAAUUACGAACUAUGGAGGAGACCUCAUUGCAGAAGAAAAUUACUCAACAAAUACCCAAUCUUUUAAAAUAAAUGCAACAAAUUGCUUUAAUCUUCAAAUUUCACCCGAACGCAACGUUUUGUAUGGCAUUUAUGAUAUCGGAGAGUACACUAUUACAGCUUCUGGCGAAAAUCCUGAUGAAGAAAACGUUUCUAUCAAAAUUAAUAUUAAUGAAGUGCCACAAGAGAAGCGCAACUAUUAUUAUUUUAUUAACCAUUGUGGUACAUUCCCAAUGAUCACAUCAUUCUUCUAUUUACUAUUUAAUUUAACAAAAGAUAUCAAUUUGGAACUCCAAGUUGGCCGACCAAACACUUUCAACUUCACUAAGAUACAAGAAGAUUAUCCCAAUACAAUAUACUAUUCAUCAGUUGGAGAUUCUUUUCAUACUUUCGAAUUAAUCAGAAAUAUCUCACGUGAUGAUCCAAAUUCAUAUUUUCAUGUCAGAGUUGACGAUCUUAGAAUCAGUCAGCCAAUAUACUGGCUCAUUAACCAAGGAAUUCACCAAUCUCGCUAUGAAGUGCAUUUGGGAUCAGAUGGAACAGGAACUUACAACAUCUUUUACAAUAACAAACUCAAUACAACAGAAGGAUGGAAUGUUGUUGCAGAAAAAUUUGAUAAAAUUUACAAAAACGCUUUAAUUGGAAAUAUAUCAAUCAACACACAUAUUAAUAACUGCAUUAUCGAUCUAGAUACCAUGAUAUUCGCAGCUGUGACGUAUCCAAACAUUUUUUUGGAGUUAUCAAAUCCAGAAAUGUUAUUUACGUCAGAUGAAGCGCUAAAACCAGUGUUAAAGACCAUGAAACUCAUAAAAAUAGAUGUGAUCAAUAUAAUUAAGAACCAAACCAAAGAAAAAGUUGAUUAUUUGUAUGAAAUUUCGAUGAUCAACGUCACAGCCUAUCAAGAGAAGUAUUUCAGUGAAGGAAAGAAGACAUGUUUCAUUUUGACGUCAAAUCCAGCCGAUUCCCUUGAAAUUAAAAGUUAUUUCAACCAAACAUUGAUGACUUAUCCAAAUUACACAUUCGUUGCGAAUCCUCAUCCAGAUGGAGUUUAUUCCAAGGAAUUAUCUGAUUGGAUUUCUUCGAAAUUAAAAAUAAAAAUUUUCGAAAAUCGGCAGAUUCCAACAGAACUCAUCUAUUCAGCAUUUCCUGGCGAAUUGUCUGUUGGCGGAUACCAAUCUUCCUCUCUUACUUCAAUUAAUUUUGAUGACAUUCCUUUCAUUUACGUGAAAAACGGUCCAGAAGACUUAAUGUCCCCUUUUAAUGUAUUCUAUCAGAACUCGUGGCUUAAAUCGUACUUAAUGCCAUUUAAUGAUAGUUACAAUCCAUAUAUUCCACCGAAUGACAUCAAUUUACUUUUAGUUGUUGGAUUACCUUUAUUAAUUUUAGUUUUGAUAAUUGCUGCUGCAUUGAUUACGUGGUAUAUACUCUUCCUUAGGAAGAAGAAGGCCACAAAGAGGAUAAAUGCAGCACUCCUUGAAUAA